UGGUGUGUAGCUAAGAUGGCGGUGAUGGUUUUCCAUAGUGACUGGCUGAAGAACUGGGAGAAAGGAGGCAGAACUGACUUUGUACAAUUAUGCCGUAAUCUCAGUGAGAAUCGAGGUUACAAUGAUGUAACAUUUCGAGAUAUCCAACAAGCCUUGUAUGAGUUGGCAUGGCAUGUAAUAAAAGGGAAUUUGAGACAAGACCAAGCAGCCAGUGCUCUGAAUGAUAUAAUGGAACUUCGGGAUGAUAUGUCAUCAAUCUUGGCUGAUGUUUUCUGUGUUCUUGAUAUUGAAACAAGUUGCAUGGAAGAAAAAAGUAAGAGAGAUCAUUUUACCCAACUGGUUUUAGCAUGUUUGUGUUUGGUUUCAGAUACGGUUCUCAAGGAACGGCUGGAUCCAGAGACGUUAGAAUCUCUUGGGCUUGUAAAACAGUCUCAGCAGUUUAACCAGAAAUCUGUUAAGAUCAAAACUAAACUAUUUUAUAAGCAGCAGAAAUUUAACUUGUUACGAGAAGAAAAUGAAGGUUAUGGAAAGCUUUUUACUGAGCUUGGCCAAGACUUAUCUGGAAACCUCACAAGUGACCUGAUACUAGAAAACAUCAAAUCACUGAUUGGUUGCUUCAAUCUGGAUCCAAACCGAGUUUUGGACAUUAUCUUAGAAGUUUACGAAUGUAGGCCAGAACAUGAUGACUUUUUUGUACCUUUGAUAGAAUCCUAUAUGAACAUGUGCGAGUUACAGACUCUCUGUCAUAUCUUGGGCUUCAAGUUUAAAUUUUAUCAGGAACCCAAUGGAGAGACACCAUCUUCACUUUAUCGUGUGGCUGCCAUUCUACUGCAAAACAACUUGGUAGAGCUUGAUGAUCUUUAUGUUCAUCUUCUUCCGUUGGAUACAAGCAUUCUGGAACAACAUAAACGUGAAAUUGUUGAAGCUAAGCAAAUUGCGCGAAAGCUCACUUUGGUAGUGCUUUCUGCAGACAAACCAGAUGAGAAGGAGAAGGAGAAAGAGAAGGAGGAAGAGAAGAAUGAAAAGCCUCCUGACAACCAGAAGCUUGGAUUAUUAGAAGCUGUCUUGAAGAUUGGUGAUUGGUAUCAUGCACAGUGUAUCAUGGAUCAGCUACCUCCUUUCUAUGCCACCUCACAUAAGCCAAUAGCACUUGCCCUCUGUCAAUUGAUUCACGUCAUCGCAGAACCUUUAUACAGAAGAGUUGGUGUACCAAAGGGAGCCAAGGGAACAGUAAUUCGUUUGCUUCAGAAUGAAAGGGCUCCAAAACCAGUCGAAACAUAUGAAGAUUUGAGAAAAGAGGUUUUCAGUAUGCUUUGCUACCUUGGUCCACAUCUUUGGCAUGACCCUAUCUUAUUUGCUAAGGUGGUUCGCAUAGGAAAAGCAUUUAUGAAAGAGCAUUCAUCAGAUGGAGGUAAACUGGAUGACAAGGAGCGAAUGGAGUCCCUUGUGAGCUGUUUUCUCAGUAUUGCAGACCAGGUGUUGUUACCUUCCCUUACUCUAAUGGACUCCAACGCAUGCAUGUCAGAAGAGCUUUGGGGAAUGUUGAAAACAUUCCCUUACCAAUAUAGGUAUCGUUUGUAUGGACAGUGGAAAAAUGACACCUACAAUAGCCAUCCUCUGCUGGUUAAAGUCAAAGCUCAGACAAUUGAUAGAGCUAAGUACAUUAUGAAGCGCCUAACUAAGGAAAAUGUAAAGCCUUCUGGAAGACAAAUUGGCAAGUUGAGUCACAGUAAUCCAACGAUCCUUUUUGAUUAUAUUUUAUCACAGAUUCAGAAGUAUGACAACCUAAUUACUCCUGUUGUGGAUUCUUUGAAAUACCUCACUUCCUUGAACUAUGAUGUCUUGGCUUAUUGCAUCAUUGAAGCCCUGGCCAAUCCGGAGAAAGAGAGGAUGAAGCAUGAUGACACCACUAUCUCAACUUGGUUGCAGAGUCUAGCAAGUUUUUGUGGUGCAAUAUUCAGAAAAUAUCCCAUAGAGCUCACUGGUCUUCUGCAGUAUGUUGCAAAUCAGCUGAAGGCUGGUAAAAGUUUUGAUCUUCUGAUCCUGAAAGAAGUGGUACAGAAAAUGGCUGGUAUUGAAAUUACAGAGGAAAUGACAACUGAACAGUUGGAAGCUAUGACAGGUGGAGAGCAGUUAAAAGCUGAGGGUGGAUACUUUGGACAAAUUAGGAACACAAAAAAAUCAUCCCAACGACUAAAAGAUGCUCUGCUUGACCAUGACCUGGCACUUCCCCUUUGUCUCCUCAUGGCUCAACAGAGGAACGGUGUUAUUUUCCAGGAAGGGGGCGAGAAACAUCUUAAAUUAGUCGGGAAAUUGUAUGAUCAGUGCCAUGAUACACUGGUGCAGUUUGGAGGAUUUUUAGCUUCAAAUCUAAGUACAGAAGAUUACAUCAAACGAGUGCCUUCAAUUGAUGUUCUUUGCAAUCAGUUUCACACACCUCACGAUGCUGCAUUUUUCUUGUCACGUCCUAUGUAUGCACAUCACAUUUCAUCCAAAUAUGAUGAAUUGAAGAAAGCUGAAAAAGGGAACAAACAACAACAAAAAGUUCAGAAAUACAUCAAUGCAUGUGAAUUGGUAAUGGCACCUGUACAUGAUGCUGUGGUUUCACUUCACCCUGCUAAAGUGUGGGAUGAUAUCAGUCCUCAGUUCUAUGCCACAUUUUGGUCUCUCUCUAUGUAUGACCUUGCAGUCCCUAGUACAAGUUAUGACCGUGAAGUAAACAAAUUGAAGAUCCAAAUGAAAGCUAUUGAUGACAAUCAGGAAAUGCCCCUGAAUAAAAAGAAGAAGGAAAAAGAACGUUGCACUGCACUACAGGAUAAGCUUCAGGAAGAAGAAAAGAAACAAAUGGAACAUGCUCAUAGAGUUCUGCAGAGGUUAAGACUGGAAAAAGAUAAUUGGUUACUUGCUAAAUCUACCAAAAAUGAGACCAUUACAAAGUUUCUUCAACUGUGCAUCUUCCCAAGAUGCAUCUUCUCGGCCAUAGAUGCAGUUUACUGUGCUAAGUUUGUGGAAUUAGUUCAUCAGUUGAAGACGCCUAAUUUUUCCACACUUCUGUGUUAUGAUCGGGUCUUCUCUGACAUUAUAUACACUGUUGCAAGCUGCACAGAAAAUGAGGCUAGUCGCUACGGCAGAUUUCUUUGCAGCAUGUUGGAGACAGUUACCAGGUGGCACAGUGACAGAACUAUAUAUGAUAAGGAAUGUGGCAAUUAUCCAGGGUUUCUCACAAUUUUGCGAGCAAGUGGAUUUGAUGGAGGGAAUAAAGCUGACCAGUUAGAUUAUGAAAAUUUCAGACAUGUUGUACAUAAGUGGCAUUACAAAUUGACCAAAGCAUCUGUGCACUGCCUUGAAACUGGCGAGUAUGUGCAUAUUCGGAACAUAUUGAUCGUAUUGACGAAAGUCCUCCCCUGGUACCCCAAAGUAUUGAAUUUAGGUCAAGCAUUGGAGCGAAGAGUGCAUAAAAUUUGCCAAGAAGAGAAAGAGAAGAGACCUGAUCUCUAUGCUCUGGCUAUGGGCUAUUCUGGCCAGUUGAAAAGUAGGAAACCAUACAUGGUCCCUGAGAAUGAAUUUCAUCACAAGGAUCCACCAGCAAGAAGUGCAACACCUGCAACUGUUCAGAAUGGACCAGGCACAGUCACGCAGCCUGCUGCAGCAUCCACCAAUGCAGCCAAAGCUGAAGAAGGCACAAAUGAGGAAACUGAUAAAUUGAAGGAGAAAUCUCAGAGUGCUAUUAAAGUUACUAACAAAGCAGCUAAUACAAUACCCAAAGUUAUGGCCAGUAAUGGAACCAAUUCUAUAAAUAGCAACAAAGUUACAAAAGAGAAGGAAGAGAAAGAAAAAAGUGGGAAGGAAAAAGACAAGGAUAAAAAAGAUAAGGCAACCCCAGCUGUUCCUCCAGAGGCUAAAGCAACAGCUAAAGAAGUAAAGGAGAAAUCAAAAGAAGAACGAAUGAAUAAAGAUGAAAAAAUACGCGAGACCAAGGAAAAAACACCAAAAGCAGACAAAGAGAAAGAGAAGAUCAGGAAGGAUGAGAAGACAGCAAAAGAAGACAAAUCCAGGUUGACAUCGAGCAGUGCUGAAGCAAAAUCACACUCGGAAAAGGAGAAAGAAAAGGAGCAAUCCAAGGAGAGAGAUGCACUAAAGGAAGCCAAAUCCAAAGAAAGUCACACAGGCACUAAAGGAGAAAAAUCGGCCUCUGCUGGGUCCUUGAAGUCCCCAGUUCCACGAUCUGAAUCUUCAGAAACUGAUAGGGAACAAAAACGGCGCAAGCUCGAUUCCCACUCAUCACCAUCACAUUCCACUACAGUAAAGGAUGGUCUCGGUGAUCACAAAGAAUCAUCAGCAAAGCAUCAUAGCCCACAUCAUACCAACCAUAGUACAGGCACACAGUCAAAGAGUAAAGAAAGAGAAAUGGAGAAGAAAGAAGUGGAGAAGUUAAGGGAUCGGUCAAGAGAGAGGGAAAAGAAAGAAGAUAAAGAACGAAAAGAGCGCAAGAGGGAUCAUUCAAAUAGUGAUCGAGAGAACAUACAAGAAUCAAAACGGCGUAAAGAUGAAAAUGGAACAGGUGGCUCUGGGAAAAGGAGUAAAAGUGCAAGUCCAGUAGAUUCCCCACGCUCGAGUGAGAAGGAGAAAAACAAGAGCUCAAAAUCUGCCUCUGGUAAAGACAGGGAUAAAAACGACUCCAUCAAAUUAGAAAAAAUAGAGAAAAGUUCAACUGCCAGCAAAAAGGAAUCCAGGCAUGACAAAGGAGAGAAGAAAGAAAAGCGUGAGAGUAGUGGAUUGAAAGAUGACAAAAAACAUCAUAAAUCCUCAGAAAAACAUAGAUAAUGAAGAAUAACCCAACUAAUGCUUUUCCCCAUUGGACUACAAGCUGGUGCCGUGAAUUUACUUGUGCUACUGAAUUUGGAACGCAAGGACUUCAUUGGUGAGGUUGACAAAAUCAGGAGAGGGAGGACCUAACCGAAGCCUAUUAAAACAUUUUGUUCAAUUACUUUCACUCCAUUUCUGUUGGCCAUCAUUUAAAAAUUGAGUUGUGUUGUCUUUUUCACUUGAUGUUUUGUCUGUAUGCAUGUCAUUCUCAGUAUAUUAGCAAGUGGUUUGCUCUUAAAUAUAAGCACAAUGUGCUGUACGCUGCAAAACCACGAAGUACAUUUGCAGUCAUUUUGAGUGCAGGCUUAUGCCUGCUGCCAGCUGUCUACAACCUUCCAUCUUCACCUUUACGGCAAUGAAGAUAUUUGUAUAUUAUGUAUACACUAGUAUAGUGAUUGUGUGUAAUUAAAAUCAGCCAUUGUUUAGUUUACUGAUUAAAACUAUCCCGUGCAGCAUCUUGUGUUUAUUUCAUGAAAAUUUUAAAGCAAAUUGCAAGUAUUGUCCUUGAGAUGAAAUUAGGUUUAAAUUGUACAACUACAGGAGAUUUCUAUUUCCAUGAAUACCUAUGUUUGGUCAUAAAUUUUCAAAAUUACAUUUGAAUUUUUUAUCUGCUGUAUUCUACCAGUGUAAUCUUUUUCUAAAUAAAUGGAUAGUUUUCUCAGU